AUGUCUGCCCGCUCUAAUCCAGUGCGCAAGAAGCGAAAUGCGAAAAAGGCGAUUCGGUUUUCAAUGAUGGUAUGCGGCGCCAGCGGUACUGGUAGGAUCACACCUGCACGGGAAGUGCUCAUUGUCAUUAAAACCCAUCUAGGAAAAACAACUUUCGUGAACACGCUAUAUGGAAAGAGAGUGUUACUCCCCAAGGAGGAUGACGGCAGUGCCAUGGAUGCGCAUCUUGAGAGCGAUGUGCGAAUCAAGCCUGUGACUCUUGAAAUGGACCUCGAUAGUGACGGCACGCGAAUGUUCUUGACGAUUGUCGACACCCCGGGAUUUGGAGAUCAAAUCGACAACGAAUCUUCAUUUAACGAUAUCGUAGGCUACCUCGAACGCCAGUAUGACGAUAUGCUAGCUGAAGAAUCGAGGAUUAAACGCAAUGCCAGAUUUCAGGAUAAUGAGGUGCACGCCCUGCUUUAUUUCAUCACCCCGACAGGACAUGGCCUUCGCGAGCUGGAUAUUGAGUUGAUGAAGAGACUAUCACCGCGCGUCAACGUGAUCCCAGUUAUUGGUAAAGCCGAUACUCACACGCCAGAAGAACUUCAAGAAUCAAAGAACUUAAUUAUGGCAGACAUCGAGCACUACAAGAUCCCUGUCUACCAGUUCCCAGAUAAUCUCGAAGAGGAUGAUGGCGACACCAUCCAAGAGAACACUGAGCUACGGAGUCUCCUCCCUUUCGCGAUUGUGGGUUCAGAAGACACGAUUAAUGUUACAGGGCGCCGAAUACCUGCAAGAAAGUAUCCAUGGGGAGUUGUCGAAGUGGACAAUCCACGCCACUCGGAUUUCCUGGCCAUCAAAACCGCUCUCCUACAUACCCAUAUGACUACCCUAAAGGAGAUCACGCAUGAUUACUUGUACGAGAACUAUAGAACGGAGAAAUUGAGCAAUAUCGUUGGUGGAGAUGCUGGAAGCGCUCAGGAUGGAACAAUGAACCCCCAUGAUCUUGCCAACCAGUCUGUCAUCAUCAGAGAAGAGCAACUCAGGCGUGAGGAAGAGCAACUGCGCGAGAUUGAGCUGAAGGUGCAGAAAGAAAUCGACGAAAAGCGACAAGAGCUUUUGGUGCGGGAGAACCAGCUUCGCGAACUAGAAGCACGCAUGCAGAGAGCUCAAGCUGGUGCUGCAUGA